GCUCUCUAUGUCCGUUGCCCGUGGCAGGCCCGCUGUUUACUUCCGUCCGCAUGGGGCGCGGGGCCGAGCGCCGUCCGCCCGCCGCCAUGGCCGAGCCCGCCGGGGAGCCCGAGCUGACGGUGCCCGAAUCAGGUGCUGUUUUCACGUUUGGAAAAAGCAGCUUUGCAGAAAAUGUUCCUAGCAAAUUCUGGUUCAAAAAUGACAAGCCUGUACAUAUAUCAUGUGGAGAUGAACAUACUGCUAUUGUUACAGGGAAUGGUAAACUUUACAUGUUUGGCAGUAACAACUGGGGCCAAUUAGGACUAGGAUCAAAGAAUACUGUCAGCAAACCAACAUGUGUUAAAGCUUUAAAGCCAGAAAAAACAAAACUUGCUGUUUGUGGAAGAAACCACACUUUAGUUUACACAGAAAAAGGAAAUGUGUAUGCUGCUGGAGGUAACAGUGAAGGUCAGUUGGGAUUAGGUGACACAGAGGAAAGGACCACGUUUCAUUUAAUUAGUUUUUUUACCAACCAGCACAAGAUCAAACAGCUAGCAGCUGGAUCAUACACUUCAGCAGCAGUAACUGAGGAUGGGCAGCUCUUUGUCUGGGGUGAUAAUUCAGAAGGUCAGAUUGGCUUGGCCGAUAAAGCUUAUGUCUGUGUCCCUUGUCAAGUGGAUGUUGGAAAACCCGUUUUGUCUGUAUCCUGUGGGUAUUAUCAUUCUGCCUUGAUAACAGGAGAUGGUGAGCUCUAUACUUUUGGAGAACCUGAGAACGGGAAACUGGGAUUAUUGCCUGAACAGCUGAAGAACAAUAGAGUCCCACAGCCUGUACUGGGAAUUAUGGAAAAGGUUAAUAAGGUUGCUUGUGGUGGAGAACACACAGUAGUGCUUACAGAGACAGAUGUAUAUACUUUUGGACUUGGACAGUACGGGCAGCUGGGACAUGGCACUCUUACUUUUGAAACUUCAGUACCAAAGUCUGUGGAACACUUGAGGAGGCGUAAAAUACAUAAUGUUACAUGUGGGGAAAAUCACACUGCUGUAAUAGCAGAGAAUGGCCUCAUGUUUACUUUUGGAGAUGGACGACACGGCAAGUUAGGCCUCGGAGAAGAGAAUUUUGCGAAUCAGUUUGAUCCCGCUCUAUGUUCUAAUUUUUUGAGUUUCACAGUCCUUUUGGUGGCUUGUGGUGGUUGUCACAUGCUUGUUUUUGCUACUCCAAGACCUAAAGAAUCUGAAGAAAUACUCUUAGAAGAUUUAUAUGAGAGCCGUUUGAUUGCUACUAUCUCUAACAUGAGUGGAGAGUCACUAGUAACAAACACCUUACAGCUAACAUCAGCACGAAUGCGACGUCGAGAGAGGGAAAGGUCACCAGAACAGUUGAUUCGAAUGGUACGAACUCUGCCUCCACUGGGAGAACACUUCUUAAAAUCUUCAUUGCAUGUGUCUAGCAACACCAGCCCACUCUGUUUUUCUGCAACAAGUCAUCCUAAAGCUGUGCCUGUGGAGGAGAGACACCAUGAAAAAGAAAAGAAUCAUCAGAAAGAUGAACCUAGUGAAGGCUCUGCAGAAGAUUCAGAUAAUGAAAAUAAAGACAGAAACCUUGGAGAUACAACUGACAUCCUAAAUAUGACACAUGUGAUGAAAUUGAAUUCCAGAGACCAGUCCUUAAUACUAUCACCAAUCCAAAAACAAAAGAAAAAACGUAACAAUGACUGCAUCAGAAGAUAUCCCAAGGGGACAGGUGGAAAAAGGUGUAUGAGAACUAAGAACAAUAAAAAUGUGAAACUUAAAAGAGAUGGUAAGGGUGGGCUGAAAACCAUUGAUUCUGAUUUCAUGCAGAAAGGCUCAGAAUUAGACUCUGGUUCUUUACAAAAGCAGUCUUCACUUUCAGAGUCACCAAGACAAUAUGCAGAUUUAGAAAAAAGUAGUGCCUUUGUAGGGAAGCCCGUGGCCAAAAAAAUUAGAAUGAAAUGUAAAUCUGAGCAUGCACAAAGUGUUAGUACCUCGAAAAGUGGUGUUCAACAAACAAAGGAUAAAUGUAUAUUAGUGAAAAUGGAAAAAGAAUAUUCAGAAAAUCCUGAAAUUGCCAGAGAGGAAGUAACCCAUAGUUUUCCCACUGAAAAACAAAUUCUGACUGAAAAAGCAAAUUAUUCAGAUAAAAAGUCAAAAGUUGUUAGAUCUAAGCAAUCCCUUAAAAUAGAUGUACUUCCAUCUGCAUCCAGUAAUCAGCUCCAGACUGGUUUAAUUGCAGAAAAAUCCAAUCUGGUUGAAAAUCAAGGAAGUCGAGAAGCAGUAGAAAGUAGAAACAAAAUAAAGAAUGCUGUUGAAAAAUCUAAUAAAUGUGAAAGAAUAGGUGUCAGAGGGAAAGAAAAUAAUGUAAAGGAGAGGGAGUUUAAAAAAAAGGAUCAGAUUUUGAAACAAAGAGCAGUAACUAUGUCAUCAUCUUCAAGUGAAGAAAAUAGUAACAACCUUACAAAAUACAUACUUAAAAGUAGGGAAAAAGAAGGGGACUGUUAUGAAGGCAGAGAGAUCCAGAAGGCAAUGAAAACAGUAGAAAAUGUAAAAGAUUUGGACUUAGAAGAAGAAGUCAGUGAAAUUGAAGAGGUGCAAGCUACAAACAACACGAAAGAAUAUGUAGAAGACACUGAUAUAAAAAGCCUAAAUGAAGAAGAGACAAACUCAGAAGCUAAAUCUAAUGAAGAGAGAGAGUUAGAAAUUGAGAAUGAUGAGGAAUCUAAUCAAGAGCAGGAAAGUGAAGAGAGUGGAAAGGGUAAAAGUGAAGAAGAAAAUGGAUAUCAACUGAAUGAAACAGUUGACAGUGAAGUUGAACUAGGGGAGGAAGAAGAAGAGACUGAGGUUGAGGAAGAUAAAGAUGAGGUCUCAGCAGAAAGAGAUGAAGAUAAAGAGGAAAAAGAUAAUGAGGAAGAAAAUGAAAGAGAUGAAUCACAGGUUGAAAGAGACACUGAGAAUGAGAAUGCAAGAGAGGUUGAAGAAAAUCAUCAAGAAGAUAGCACAGACCAAGGAGAUGAGAAAGGCAGGUUGAUAGAGGAAGAAGAAAUAUCAAGUGAGGGAGAAAAACAGGAUAUUGAGGAGGAGGAGGAGGAUGCAAAAGACAAACAAACUGAAAAAGAAAAGGAGGAACGAGUUGAAAGUGAGGAAGGAGAUGAAGAUAGAGACAGGGAGGAACAAAAAGAGGUAGAGGCAGAACAGGAAGGAGAAGAUGAAAAUGAAGAAAAAGAAAGGGAGAAUGAAGGAGAUGAGGGUGAAGAGGGGGAGUUAGAAGAAGCGUUGUCAGGCAGAGAAGAGGAAGAGAGAGAUGAAGAACAAGAAGAGGAAGAUAAGAGGGCUAAGGAGGUGGGGGAUGUUGGAGUGGAAGAGGAAGAAGAAGAUGGGGAGGAUGAAAUGGAAGAGCAAAGAGAAGAGGAGGAGGCAGGGGAAGAAGCAGAGGUGGAAACAGAAGGGAAGGAGGGAGAAGAAGAUGAAAACAAGGAAGAAGAGGAGGGGGGAAAUGAAGAGGAAGGGGAAGAAGAAGAGGGAGAAGGAGAAGAAGAGGAGGGAGAAAAGGGAGUGGAAGAAGAGGGAGAGGGAGCUGAGGAGGAAGAGGGAGAGGGAACUGAGGAGGAAGAUGGAGAGGAAGCUGAGUUGGAAGAGGGAGAGAGAGAGGAGGAAGAGGAAGAGGAAGAGGGAGAAGAAAAAGAGGAAAAGGGGGAAGAGGAAGGGGAAGAGGAAGAAGAAAAAGAGGAAAAGGAGGAAGAGGAAGAAGAGGGAGAAGAGGAAGAAGAAGGGGAAGAGGAGGAAGAAGAAGGGGAAGAGGGAGAGGAGGAAGAUGAAUUGGAAGGAGAAGAUGAAGGGGAUGAGGGACAGGAGGAAGAAGAGGAAAACGAGGAAGAAGAAGGGGAGGAUGAAGAAAAAGGAAAAGGUAAAAUAAAAAUUGUUAAUAAUAAGCUUCCACAAAAGAAAAGACAAACCAGGAAACCAGGGAAGACAGAAAGUUCUGCUGUACCAAACAGCUCUAAACAAAAAAUGAAGUCCAAACAGCGUGUAGCAAAUGGUUUGCAUAAUUCAGAACAAUUUUGGAACAAUGUGCUGCCUCAUUAUUUAACUCUAAAGUAG